AUGACUGAGCAGGCGGACCAAUGGGUACAGGCUUGGAAGAGCGAUCUCAUUCGAGUACCCACCAAGAGUUCGCUAGCAGCGUUCUUUAUUGGGAUCAAUGAUACGGGAGAUGUGAACGGUUGGACGAAUAUUACAGACUGGUCAGCGUUUUGGAAAGCCGAAAUGAAUUCUUACUUCAGAGUCGUGGACCAAGUUUACGAUACUGGCCUUAGGCAUUUUUUGUUCCUGAACGUACCGGACCGACCCACAUCUGGAAGUAACCCACAGAUUGCGACAUUCAACUCCCUUCUUGCCCAGCACGUAGCUUUCAAAGCUUCGAAUAAGGAUGUAUCAGCUAUCCUUUUUGACACCAAUAAGCUCUUCGCUGAUAUACUAGACAACGCAGCUGCCUAUGGCUUCACUAACACCACCGGUUUUUUCGGGGACAGACUUAACUUGAAUGUGACGGGGGCGCAGGUUCAGAGUGGAGAUAUCAUUUCCAAUGGGACAAGCUCUGGAGGUGCUAAUUGGAUCCAAAUGAUUACUGGGUGUUAUCAAGGUCGUCCAUCUGAGUGCCCACGCACUUUAUGGGAUUUUGCUUUUGGGGGAGCAACUAUCGAUCCAGACAUCGUAGCUCUCGAAGCUGAAUGGAUAAUCCCAUUGACGGACCAAGGUGGCCAGUGGGUGCAGGCCAGGAAUGACAACUUACUUGAGGCACCAGGAGACAACUCGCUUGCUGCCUUUUUUAUUGGUAUUAACGACAUGCUUGGGGCAACACCGUGGAAAAAUGUUACGGAAUGGGAUACAUUCUGGAAUGGAGCCUUGGAUUCGUACUUUGAAGUUGUGGCAAGUACAGCUGAUUUCGAUCGUGCGCCUGGGCUGGUGGGAAACCCAAAUGUAGCAAACCACGCAGCACAGGUUCGGACAUUCAACUCUCUCCUAGAAAAAAGGAUCGAGGAGUUCAAAGCAUCCAAACACAGUCCGAGCCAGUUUGGGUUCGCGAAUACCACAGGAUUCUGUGGAUGUUCUGAUCCCGAAUAUUUCUGGCGCGAUCCGUACCACCCUACGGAGAAGUUUCACCGCCUGAUUGCAGAUGGCGUUCUCAGUGAACUUGAGAAGAUGAUGGACGAUCUUGUUGAUAGACGAGCUCUGACGGGGCCAAUUGGAUUGAAAUCAUCACCGGCUGCUAUAGGGGUCGCCCGUCUGAGUGCCCGCGCGCCUUGUGGAAUUUUGCGUUCGCGGGAGCAGCCAUCGACCCAGCCAUGCUCGGAAAGAAAAUUAAUUGAGGCGCCGGGAAACGACUCAUUGGCCGCAUUCUUUAUUGGUAUUAAUGAUACUUCGGAUGUGAAAGGAUGGACGAAUAUAACGGACUGGAUGGCGUUUUGGAAUAGGGAAAUGGACUCUUACUUUAGAACUGUGGAGCAAGUCUACGACACCGGAAUACGAUCGUUCUUGUUCCUUAAUGUUCCAACUCGGGAUCGCUCUCCGGGUUCUCUGGGCAGACCUGACGUAGGAAACCAAAUUGCCCAAGUCAAGAAUUUCAACAUUCUCCUCGAACAAAGAGUCAAUGCAUUUAAAUCAUCCAGGAACGAUACAUCUGUAGUACUGUUCGACACGAACAUGCUGAUGGAUGAAGCGCUGGACAACGCACGUCAGUUUGGGUUUACGAAUACUACAGGGUUCUGUCGGUGCUCGGAUCCGGGGUACUUUUGGUACGCUCCAUGCAUUUCUGAGGAUACCGAACACAUGGAUCGUGCACGGUCUCCUCCACCCCCACCAGGGUCGGCCGCACUCCGAGCAGAUAUGGUUGCUAAACUGAAGCGUGCAGCCUCACUUCCUCGAAUGAAGGAUGGCCGUCGACCUCCGAUGCCAAUGCAUUCCGAGGGUGUUAGCGAAGGUGAACGUGUUAUUCCACACAGUGACGAUCCCGACGUCGAGCGUAGAAGAGCAGCACAUGCGGUCGGUCAUGAGCCUGACACAGAAACCGAGGGCGAGUCAGGAGCUGUCAGCGAGCCUACUCCCAACGUCGGCGUCUAUGGCCGCACAGAUUCGCUGAGGACUAUCAGGCCGGGCGAUACCCCAAAAGAGACCCCAUCUACUGGACUCCAACGAAGUGCGACGACCGGAGGGAAAAUCGAGACACAAAAGUCGACAAUCCCAAUGCCCAAGUCACCGGGUUCGGAAGACGGAGAAGAUUGGACAGAAGAUGAUCCUGCUGUUGUUGCCAACUCACGUCCACCACCGCUCGUCAUACCCACAACCAAUGAACAGUCGGUUCCCCAACUUCACCCUGCACCUCCCCCACGAAAACGCACUCGCUCGCGGUCACGAUCCAGAUCCCGCUCUCUCGAACGUAAACGUAUUGCGCAGCAACUCAAACAAUUGGAAGAGGAAGCACAGAUGAGCUCAUCCACAGACGAUCACCCCCCUUUACCUGACCUGGGUCCCGAUGCGCUUGGCCCAUAUUAUUCACCACUCGUAUAUUCUACGCCCAUGUCCUCAAUGACACCGCAUCCUCUCCCGGGCUCGCGCGCGCAGUCUCCGGCACUAGAGUUGGCCCUCUCAGCCGCUAUGCUCAAUGCUGCUCGUACCCCACCUCUGGCCGCUCUUCAGCAACAAAUCCAAGCCCGUUCAGCCUCACGUAGCCCAACACCUAACUUGCUAGGAUCACCCAUAUUCCAAACGCCAAUUUCACCCACAACCCCUAUGAUGCUCAAUCCGGGUGUGCCAUCACUCGAUCAUAUCAGAGACAGGCUCGGCGCACAUCUGUUCAGGUCAAAAAGCGCGAAGGAAAGGAUGGAGCAGCAGGGUGAAGAAUAUCAAAUCCCACUUCCACCUUCACGAGUCAACACACCGUCUGCGCUCUCUCGAGCAAACACACCGGGACUGGGGAGAAGUAAUACGACCGCAGGAACCCCUAUUGGCGACAGAAAUGUUGUGCGUCAAGUCAUGAUGAAGAAACUGGUCGGACGAGUGGAUAAGGAGCGCGGAGACGGGGAUCAGACAAGCGGGGCGGAGGAUACAGUCCUCAUGCAUGGUCGAGCAACGCCGUUUGGAGGCAAACCGAUUACGCCAGGGACUGCGAAUGGGGUGCGACCAAACACUCCUGGAAAUAUUGCUCGUGCCAAUACCCCUGGGGUCAGAUCUCCUACACCAGGUGGGCGAGGGGGCGCACAAACUCCAGACGGUGGAACCUCAUCAAAUCCCGGCACUCCGACGCAGGGAAAGCGCGGCAAACGCUCGCAUCGAAGAAGAAGCCGUAAUGGAGUUGUCCCUGUUGUGGACGACCGGGAAGACUCUCAGGCAGUUGCUCCUCAACGAGCUACAUCCACGACUUAUUCGCCAAAUACUCAUGUCUUGCCUGUGCAAAAAGACGACGAUGACGACGAUGACGAAAGGGUGACAGAGUUGCAACGUCAACGCAGCCUCAGGGAGCGUGAAAAAGCUCUGCAGAAACUGGCGGGUGGGCCGUUGUCCCGAGCACCUAGCGCUCACCGCCCACCCCUUGUGGAAGAGGAAGAUGAUGAAACCCCUGAGGCUAAUGUACCGACUCACCCUACAUUGCCGACUCCUGCCUCCACAACACCUCAGCCACGCUUCCCGCACCAUAUUUCAGACACAUCUGUACAUUCCGGCACAUCCAUUCCCGUUUUUAUGAGCGACCAAGGAACCUUGAGCUCGUUUAGGACCGAUGCCUUCCCUGUGACUAUCAGUCAGUAUCACAAAGAGGGUAAUAGCCCUGCUACAAGAGUCUUAGAGGAGGUAGAGGAUCAAGAAUACGAAGGCGAGCAAGAACAGGUUGUUUACCCUGAGUCUCCCCGAGCCAAGGCGCGCCGAACCUUGAUCGAGGCGUUUGAGAAGAAUGGAAUGGGGAAGAGUGACUCAUCUCUCGGGAAUGGCGUUCCUGACUAUGCGAAGCACGUUGAAUUGGAUGAAGACGAAGACAACGAUGGUGAAACAGACCGUGAGGUUCAACCCCCAUUCCCUGCCUACCAUCCUCCCAAGCCAUCGCAUGCUUCGUGGAUUUCCAGACCAAGCACGGUGGACAUGUCAUCUCCGCAGGUUGAACUGUCGGCGCUCCUACCCUCAACUCCACCCACUACCACCUUAUUCCCUAACUCUCCCCAACUGGAUCCUCACGGUAGCAGCGCUUCGCUCUCCUCCAACCUUGGUUUCCCGGCGGGCGCAUCAUCUACCACAUCCGGACACUCGUCGAGCCAAAACCAACAAACGACUUCGGCUUCACAAAAUCCAUCAUUUACUGACUGGGAAGACGUCCCCGAUAGCGACCUGCCUGCUCCUCAGUCAUCUAAACGCGGCAAAAAAGACGGGAGUGUGGGCCGUGGGUGGUCCCAAAAGGUUAUGACCAGCUUUGGCAGUCUCAGUCGGAGCGCAAGUCGAGCAGAAGGAAGGCGAUCGCGUUCUAACAGCAUUGUCACCGGGAAACGUGAGGACUCGGUGAACCGGGAGAGCGCAGCCAGUGCAACAAGCGGCAAGACGGACGGAACCCAUUCGCAGGGGUCCCAUCAUACCGCCGGGCAGAACUCUCAUCCUGGUGCUUCCGUUAUGUCUCUGACAAAUCAUAUGCACGGUGGUGUAUCCCCUCUUCCGCCCGUGUUAUCAACAGACCCAAGAUUGGCGGACAACAAACUUCAUGCAUUCCCUGGGAUCCAUAAGCUUGAGGCCGAACGAGAGCGAAAGCUUCGAGAACGGGGGCAGUCGGUAUCGAACAAUCUUGACAAUGUUGAGCAGUUCUCAAACAGUGCGACUCCAAGUCCCGAGCGUGAACCGCUUACUUUCGCGCUUCCAAAAUACAGGCGCUGUCCCCCAAAGCAAGAAUAUCUUGACAUCCGGGCAAGUGAUGCAACACCGGCAAAAGGGCUUCCCCACACUCGGGACGGAGUCAAAAAAUGGCUCAAAGUAUUUCAACCCACUAGUGGGGGGAACAACAAACCAGCGCGCAAUCGCAAGGCCUCUCUCACUGAUGUCAUCACCGGUCGCAUGCGAUUGUCCGAGAACGGCUCUACCCGUGGGUCCAAUGCCAAACAACGCCCACCUCUGGAACACCAAACUGGCCGCAGCUUGUCGCCGUCGGAAGUAACUCCUUCUCCAGCGAGCACACAUUCUUUAUCUUUUUCGACCACACUAUCCCCCGCUGGUUCACCCCGCAAUUCCAAGCCUACUAAACCCUUGCUCAAGCUUGAUUACGUUAUGGCUCAAGUAGAGGCACUACUCUCGUCCGACUCUCAGUCCCGGCCCGUGCAACUUGACGACCCACCUCGCAAACUGUUGCUCAUGAGCCCGGUGUUGCAAGUCGUCAAUCAGAAUACUGUCAAAGACCGGUACUUGUUCUUAUUCACGGAUCUAUUAGUUAUUGCCAAGCCCCUCAUCCUGGAGGACGAUUCGGCUCGCGAUGCGCACAAACCUUCGCUCGAACGCACUUUGGUCAUUCGGAGUGUGAUUGAACUGCACAAACUUCAUCUCCACUCUAUCCGUGAUGAGCAUACACCUCUGGUUUCUUCUUCAGAUGCUGAACCCCAACCGGCGAUGAAGUUGUUUGCACAGAAGUUCGCAAAGGAUGGAAUCCACGCCGUUGCGUCUCUCCAAGAAAAGGCUAAGCUCCAAAACGAGCCUGCUACUGUCGCUCAGCUCUUAUUUCAAACCACUGAGCUUGACCGGGUACAACUUGGUCUAGUUCUGGCUCACAGAAGCUCCAAGGCAAUCCUUCGGCAUUUUAUUGAUCGCUUCGGUUUUGCGACCAUCCGGAUCGACCACGCUUUGAGGAUUUUCUUGCUCUCGAUUGUAUUACCAUCCGACUCCGGUUCGGUCGACUACUUACUCGCUACAUUUGCCACUCGGUGGUUCGAAGCAAACUCGGGAGUCGUAGCGUUUGACAAGGAUUUGGCCAUUCGCUUGGUUUUGGCGAUAAUGCAACUGAACUCGGCGCUUCACUCUGGUUACGAUGCUCAAUUCAGCUUUCCCAACCGUGCUAUUUCCGUUCGCGACUUCAUUGACGCAUUCCGUACGCGCGAUGUGAGAAUGCUCGUUCCUGACGAAGUUCUCGAGAGGAUCUACGCGUCAGUAAGACACCAACGUAUUGAUCAAGCCCUAGAUCCGCGCGAGGAUGCCCCCGUGAAGAAUGUCAUUAUUUCUCCAGGACGCCUACCUGAUCGACUAACUUGUCGUGUUGCAUCCGAACCUAUUACCAUUCGAAUUCCUGAGCCUGAUUCAGACUUCACCAUUCGACUCUACGGUCAAGACCUUACCUUCGAGCCUAGCGUACUUGACUUUUCCGAUUCGAACGAACAGACAUUCAAAGUCGUCGGAAACUCGUUUGGUACCAAGUCAAUGAUCAUGGCACGCACUGGACCUAAUGCAGCGCUUUACACUGGUCUCCCAUUGAGCAACAAAUUCAGCGUCGAGCGUGCCUUCAUGCGUAAUACAUUUCAAGUCUCGUUCGUACGGCAUACAGAGCAGCCACGCAAAUAUAUGUUCAGUGUCGAAGGAAGUCUUGUGCACCAGCAAUGGAUGAGUGUCAUGCGGAGACAAAUCGCUCGUGCUGUAGAGGCGGAUGCUGCUGUAGCCCCAGUUGGAGCGUUAUCUACCCAAGCACGCCGAGCGGCCGAGGCUGUAGCCGUCCAAGUCCUUCGUGAUACACUUAUUGCUCCCGAGGAAGGUCGUAACACGACUACCAACUCGCAUCGGCCCGGCCACACCCGUGUAGGAUCUUCGAUGCUCGCAUUCGGCGAAGGUUUAGCAUCAAGCACUCAAUCAUCAUCGACUCCCAAGGGUGCUCCAAGAACGGGACAUGAUUUGGUUACCAUCUGUCAACAGAAUAGUUUGCUCCCGCUUGUCCUUGGCUUUUUGCAUUCACGUAUGGACAAGAACAAGGAAGAUCAAAGCGAAGAUGAGCUCAGCAAGUCUUGGAGUGGGAGCGGCGGUAUCAAUGGAUUGAGCUCUGGUCUAAAUGGACUAGGCAGGAUCUGA